AUGGCGCUAAGGUGCCAGACCUUCAUCGCGUAUUAUAAAGAUUCACAUCCUAGCGACGCCGCCACAAAUAUAGCAGUUAAGAAAAUCUUGGGCAGUAUAGAAUUCGACAUGAAACAACGGGAUUCCGAGUACAUCAUCUACACCGAGAAGAAGCUCCCUGCAGCUACCGUAGAGCGCCUUAGGCAGGCGAUCAACGGAAACAUGUAA